AUGACCAACUUCAAUAUCCAGAUCAUCUCCGACACCGUGUGCCCGUGGUGCUACGUCGGCUACCGCCGUCUCUCGCGCGCAAUCGUCGCCCACCGAGCCACCCACCCAACCGACACAUUCAACAUAACCUGGAAAGCAUUCUACCUCAACCCUGCCUCACCGCAAUACCCAGGCGUCAACAAGCAAGAAAUGUACAGUAUGAAAUUCGGUGCCGAGCGCUCAGCCGCAAUGUUCAAGCGUCUCUCGGCCGUCGGGGAAAGCGACGGGAUCAGUUUCAAGUUUGGCGGGAACACGGGGUCAACCCGAGACUCGCAUCGGCUGCUUUGGUAUGCUGGUGAGCAGGAAGCCGAAGCCAAUGGCAAGAAAGGGACUGGAGCGGAGAUUGGGGGGAUCCAGACGCGGGUUGCGGAGAAGUUGUUCAAAGCGUAUUUUGAGGAUGAGAAGAAUAUUACGGAUGUGAGGAUUUUGGAAGAGGCGGGAGUUGAGGCUGGGUUGGCCAGAGGGAGUGUUAAAGGGUUGCUUGAUUCUGAAGAUGGAGGGGCGGAAGUUGACGGGGAGGCGAAGAUGGCGUCGAGGAGAUUGGUCAGUGGGGUGCCUUAUUUUGAGGUGCAGGGGAAGUAUUGCGUCGAGGGGGCUGAUGAGCCGGAGACCUUCUUAGAGAUUUUUGAGAAGAUCAAGGAGACUGAGUAG